AAUGAUUUUUUGCUUUCAAUAAGUGUUGAUUUAAGAAAAUUUGUUUUAGAAAAUGAGAUUGUUGAUCUUAACCCCGCUAUUCUUCAUAGGAGUCUCAGCUUCUGCUGAUAGAGAAGGGAAACUAUUUUUAGUAACUUCUACUACAUCAACAACAGUCUCAACAACAACAUCGAUUUUACAGACAACAACUACAUGCUUUGCACUUACAGCCAUAACAAAAGCGUGUAGACGUAAAAGAAUGAUGAUGACUAAUGAUCCUAUCAGUAAAGCUGAAGAUACAAUUGAAAUCAGUAGAGUUAAAAGGAAGGUGGAAGACUCUAUUGAUGUGGACAGCGUAGAAGGAAGUCAGAUGAAAGCUGGAAAUCGUAAUGCAAAAUUCUUCUGGUACUACAUGACAACAACAACGACCAGUACUUCAACAUCAACAUCAACAUCACUCAGUUACACAGCCACCUAUUCGAUCAGUCUUUCUGGAUGUACCCCUGCCGCCACCUUCACUGCUUGCGGAUAAACUUAGAACUUAUUUUUAACUUUUUGUUAUAGUUUUAAUCCUUUUAUGUUUAAAUAAACUCUGUUACCUUGUUA